AUGGAGAAUUACCAGAAAAUCGAGAAGGUCGGAGAAGGAACGUACGGCGUCGUCUACAAGGCCCAGGAGGUAAACUAUCCGAGCCGCAUUGUCGCACUGAAGAAGAUCCGGCUGGAGGGCGAGGAUGAGGGUGUGCCCAGUACCGCGAUUCGAGAAAUCUCCCUCCUCAAGGAGGCGAAGCACCAGAACAUCGUCCAGCUGCUCAACAUCGUACACGUUGAUGACCAUAAGCUCUAUCUCGUCAUGGAGUUCCUAGACCUCGACCUGAAGAAAUACAUGGAGGCCCUCCCUGUCGCCGAGGGUGGUCGAGGAAAAGCCUUCCCAGGCGGAUCGAAGAAUAGCGCCAACCUUGGUCUGGGAGACUCCAUGGUGAAGAAAUUCAUGGCCCAAUUAGUCGAGGGAAUCUACUACUGCCACAGCCACCGCAUCCUGCAUCGUGAUCUGAAGCCACAGAACCUACUUAUCGACCGUGAUGGUAACUUGAAACUGGGUGAUUUCGGCCUCGCACGAGCCUUCGGUGUCCCCUUGCGGACGUAUACCCACGAGGUGGUCACUUUGUGGUAUCGCUCUCCAGAAAUCCUGCUCGGUGGACGCCAAUACUCCACCGGAGUCGACAUGUGGUCCAUAGGCGCGAUCUUCGCCGAGAUGUGCACGCGCAAGCCACUCUUCCCCGGCGAUUCGGAGAUUGACGAGAUCUUCAAGAUCUUCCGACUGCUCGGCACCCCCGACGAAGAAACAUGGCCUGGCGUCACCUCUUUCCCUGAUUACAAGUCUAGUUUCCCAAGGUGGAAGCGUCCCGAUGGCCCUCUGGUCCCGGGCUUAGAGCCAGAUGGCCUCGAACUCCUGGAGGCUCUUCUCGAGUACGAUCCUGCACUCAGGCUUUCCGCGAAGCAAGCGCGUCAUCACCAUUACUUUGGGAAACAUGGCUCACACCACUCGGGUCGCGCCUAG